CUCUACUAUAUAAGGUGUUUAAUAAGAGUCUGGGAAACAUUUCUGGCAUUUAUAUUGAUCUUCUAGUGGCUCACCAUGUCUCUUCACAAUAUGCUGAGAGUGUUGAUGUUGCUUACAGCAAUAUCAUGCUGUAAUGCUAAAUCCAGAGUUAGACACAGAAUUCUUAGUAGAGACACUUAUGAAGUACCUGGAAUUGAGUACAUGUCUGACAGUGAACUGAGACCAAAGUCUAAGAUCAACUUCAUGUCUGACAGUGAACAACAAAGCUCUAACAUCAACUUCAUGUCUGACAGUGAACAACAAAGUUCUAACAUCAACUUCAUGUCUGACAGUGAACAACAAAGCUCUAGCAUCAACUUCAUGUCUGACAGUGAACACUCUGGAAGUGGUGAUGUGUCUUCUUCUGAAAAGGAGGACGUAUCUGGAAUCAGUGAUUCGGAUGGAGUGUCGGAAAAUAACCAAGUCACUGCAAACUAUGACCCCAAUGGAUCGACUAACAAUGAUUACAUCCCUCAAGACUACGGCCAAUUUUACCAUGAUGACAACAAUGGUCAAAAUGAUUCUGAUGGCUCUGGAGCUGAACCACAAGAAGAAAACCAGUAACAUCAAGAGAUAUCAAAUAAAGCAAAGUUCUCCAAUAAAAAAACAGGGUAAUCCUGCAGAUUUAAACAGCAUUUUAAAUAAAAAUGCCUUAAAGUAUGUAUCUA